AUGGACUUGGAGCAAACAAUUGGUUUACUUGGUUCUUUAUUAGCAUCCAGGCAAGUUAAUACUAAAAAAUUUAAUGGAGAUGCACAGGUUGUUGACACGGUUUCAGGCAACACCGAAAGAAUAAACGGUAUAAUUAACAUUAUUCAAAGGAUUGUCGAUAGAAAUGGACAACAAAGAUCACCAAAUAACGAGAAAAAUGAUCAACAACUUAAAAAAUUAAGAGAAAUUGGUAGUAGGAUUCUUUUUGAGGAAGAAAAUAGGAAAAGAUAUAAUGAUGAAACAGGUGCCAGAAUUACAAAACUUGAUCAAGAGUUGAAACGAAUUACCAGAGUACUUAGCAAUGAAAGGUUGGCAUUUGCAGCUUUUAAUGAUACAACAAGUGAAAAACAAAAUUCAAAAAAGUUGAUACAAAUUUCAGAAAAAAUAGAAAAAAAAAGUUCGGAUGAUGAAGAAGAUGAAAAGCUUGCUAUACAAUUACAAAGUAACGAGAAAGCUAAUAUGCAUCAUAAUACCGAGAGAUUGUUUGUUAAUCAAGAGUUCAUUGCACCGCAAUACCAUAGGAAUAGUAGUUAUGAUGAUGAAAAUGAUAAAAAAACUCUUCAAUUACUUGCUGAUGAAGAAUUGGCUAGACAAUUACAUGAUAGUGAAAAUGGUGGCAAAAUAAAUAUAGAUCAAGAAAUACUUGCCGCUCAACAAUAUGAAAUCAAUAAUUUUACUCAACCAUUGCCAUCAGAAAGUGGAGGCGGUGGUGCAAAUUCAUCACGGUCAUCAAGUAAUAAUGCUGAUGCUGCUAUGGGUGUAAUACUAUCUUGCUCGCACGGGUUUUGCUUUUUAUGUAUAUCAAAAUAUGUUAAUGUAGAAAUUCAAGGGGAUAAUAUUAAAUUUCCAAUUUUGUGUCCAGUUAAAUCAGCUACAUGUCAAAAAGAUGGGAUUUCAGAAGGAAUUAUUGAACAAUCUUUAAGUAGGGAAGACCUUGAAAAAUACUAUCGAAAGAUGGCAGAAAUGGCAAUUGGUGAUAAGAAGGUUUCUCCUUGGCAUAAUGAAUAUCAAGAUUUACCUGCUGAUCAAAGAUCGCCUGAAGAUUUAGAUAUCAUUAAUUUAGUAAAAAAGGAAGGGUGGAAACGGUGCCCAAAAUGUAAUUUUUUGAUUCAGAAAAAUGGUGGAUGUAAUCACAUGACUUGCAAAUGUAAAGCACAAUUGUAA